AUUUUUCGCCUUGACACUGGAAGUAGCAGAUGAAUCGACGCUGGUGAAAACGUAGAAAACAAUUAAGUGAAAAUGUCGGAGGGAGCUGUCUCUGCCAGCAAUGUUAAUGCCAAUGAAAAAAUGGCAAACUUGCUGAAGGAGGCGGAAAAUUUGAAAACCAAAUUGGAGGAGGAGCGCUCGAAGCUGAAUGACGUCAAUCUGUCGAACAUUGCGGAGCGCCUGGAGCAAAUUGCUUACGUCAACAUCAAGCCUCGCAAGGUGCUGAAGGGACACCAGGCAAAGGUGCUUUGCACCGACUGGAGCCCCGACAAGCGACACAUUAUCUCAUCCUCGCAGGACGGCCGUCUUAUCAUCUGGGAUGCGUUCACUACGAACAAGGAGCAUGCCGUGACCAUGCCCACCACCUGGAUCAUGGCCUGUGCAUACGCCCCGUCAGGCAACUUUGUGGCCUGUGGUGGACUGGAUAACAAGGUAACCGUCUAUCCAAUCACCUCUGAUGAGGAGAUGGCCGCCAAGAAGCGCACUGUUGGCACCCACACAAGUUACAUGUCGUGCUGCAUUUAUCCCAAUUCGGAUCAGCAGAUCUUGACGGGCAGCGGUGAUUCGACAUGUGCUUUGUGGGACGUGGAGUCCGGUCAAUUGUUGCAAAGUUUUCACGGCCACUCUGGGGAUGUGAUGGCCAUCGAUUUGGCACCCAACGAGACGGGCAACACCUUCGUCUCGGGCAGUUGCGAUCGCAUGGCCUUCAUUUGGGACAUGCGCUCUGGCCAUGUUGUCCAGUCCUUUGAGGGCCACCAGUCCGAUGUGAACAGCGUCAAAUUCCAUCCCUGCGGAGAUGCGAUUGCCACCGGAUCGGAUGACAGCAGCUGCCGUCUGUACGACAUGCGGGCCGAUCGCGAGGUGGCCGUCUUCGCCAAGGAGAGCAUCAUAUUUGGUGUCAAUUCAGUGGACUUUUCGGUCAGCGGCCGCCUGCUCUUUGCUGGCUACAAUGAUUACACCGUCAACCUGUGGGACACUCUGAAAUCGGAGCGCGUCUGUCUGCUGUAUGGCCAUGAGAACAAGGUCUCCUGCGUCCAGGUGUCGCCCGACGGCACAGCCCUAUCCACGGGCAGCUGGGAUUACACCAUACGGGUCUGGGCGUAAAAAUUUGUUAACCAUAUUCCCCUGUUAAGAGCAUCUGUCAAGGACAGUUGGUCGAUAUAGAUAUAAAUAUUAUAUAUUUUUGAUUUUUGAGAUUAGUUGCAGUUCAGAGGGCUCAUUUUUCAAGUGAUGGCAAAAAAGAAAAUGAAAAUUACUUAAAUGCAAAAAGCAUACAUACAUAUGUCAUGGACAAAUGAUGCAUACUUUUAGCUUUGAUCCUAUAUAUUGUAAUCAAAUAUUGGCCUACACCUGACGGUGUAGCGAAAUCAUAAAUUGUUGAUAAAUUUUAUAAAAUUUAUCAGAACAAUGCAGUUUGCCUAGCACCUAAAUUAACAGAUUGCAUAUAUAAUACUACUCGCACUUUGUGUCUAGACGGAUACCCAAGUAUUGUAUUGUAUAUAUGCUUAUAUGUACUUGACGUAUUGUAUGUACUAUAACCAACAGAUAUUAUUGUGUAUGUCUAUGGUGUUUCAAUCCAAUACUGUAUCCUGAACAAGUAGAGUCAAAACGACAAUGUUAAACCUUUUCAAAAUAUGCAUUUGUACUCAAGGGUCAUCAUGUAAAUGUGUUUUUGUAAUCAAAUACUGUGUGCAGGAUGGCCCUAAGCUUAAGUAAAAUGCAUAUACAAUAUGUGGUGCACAGCGGCUCAUGUGUGACGAAUAGGUCGUUAGGAAGUACAGGUAUUGCAAGAGCAUUCCAAUUAAAUACUGGCUAGAGGAUAGGAUACCCAAAUAUGUUCGGCGCAAAAAGAGUUCUUACUGUUUUCUCUAUCUCUGAUUUUCUGGGCAGAGAAGGGAAGGCCAAAAAUUGUAAAUAGUUCCAUAUGUUACUUCUCUGCCCACUCUUCGAAUAUGGAGUGUAUUGUAAAACUGAGAAAAGUAUGGAGUCUCGAACCAAAACCUUAAACAAAUAUUAAAAUCUUGUGUAAUAUCGAAUAUUACAUACAUAUAUGCGCAAACAAACAAACUACUUUAUAUAAAUGGAUAUUUAACUGCAGAACAGACAUUAAUUGUGUACACUAACCAUAUAUAAAACUAGCAAAGGGAGAUGCAAGGAAACCAAAACAGAAAAUCAAAUUAUCCUCAGAUAUACAUAUGAAUAUUACAUACCUAUAUGCGUGAACGAACAAACUAUAUUCAGUAAACCGCUGAAUUGAUUAAUAACCAAUAACCAUUUCUAAAUGAAUAAGAAAACAGAUAUGUGUAAUAUUACAUACAUAUAUGCGCUUAUAAACUAUUUAAUAUCGGGACAAAACUUGAUAUAUAUGUAUAAUACAUAUACCUAAAUGGACAGAUGGCAAAGGAAGGAGUGGAAACCAAAUUAAAAUCGGUUAUAUGUAACUUUACAUACAUAUAUACUGUGUGCGUAGAAAUAAGUUCCUGUUUGAAAUAAAUGUUGAAGAUGUAA